GAGCUUCGGCGCGUCGCUCCGCAGCGGCGGUGGGGGCGGCAGCGAAAGUGUCAUGGCUGCUGCCGCGGAGCUUAGUUUUCCCAGCAGCGGUGACAGGGACCUGGAACGAAGUUGCAGCCCUCAUCUCUCCCAAGAAGUGCUCUGCGAAAUUUUUCGGUCGCUGCACACGCUGGCUGGACAGCUUAACCUCAAAGAUGAUGUGGUGAAAAUUACAAUCGAUUGGAACAAGCUCCAGAGCCUCUCAGCAUUCCAACCUACAUUGCUUUUUAGUGUGCUUGAGCAACACAUUUUGCAUUUACAGCCUUUUUUAGAAAAACUUCAACCUCUGAUUAAGGAGGAGAAGCCAGCUGCUGUUGAAGAGAUAGAAAAAACAGAAACUAUGAACAAGGAUGAACUAAAUGCCAAAUUUCCUAGUGGUGAUCAACAAGAGGAAGAAAAGCAUAAAGAUUGUGAUUUAGGAGAUGUGAAAAAGGCACAGAUCCAUUUUGAUCCAGAAGUAGUUCAAAUAAAAGCUGGAAAAGCAGAAAUUGACAGAAGGAUAUCUGCAUUUAUUGAAAGAAAACAAGCUGAAAUAAAUGAAAACAACGUCAGGGAAUUUUGCAAUGUUAUUGAUUGUAAUCAAGAAAAUAGUUGUGCAAGAACUGAUGCCAUUUUUACCCCUUACCCUGGAUUUAAAAGUCACGUAAAGGUUUCUAGAGUUGUGAAUACAUAUGGGCCACAAACUAGACCUGAAGGAAUCCAAGGGUCAAGUCAUAAACCUGCCAGCAUGUUUCGAGAUUGUGGUAAUCAGGCUGUGGAAGAACGACUACAGAAUAUUGAGGCUCACUUGCGAUUGCACACAGGUGGUCCAGUGCCAAGAGAUAUUUAUCAGAGAAUUAAAAAACUUGAAGAUAAAAUCCUUGAAUUGGAAGGAAUCUCUCCUGAAUAUUUUCAGUCUAUUAACUUCUCUGGCAAAAGAAGAAAAGUUCAACCACCUCAACAGAACUAUUCUCUGGCUGAACUUGAUGAGAAAAUUAGUGCCCUCAGACAAGCCCUACUCAGAAAAUCAAGAGAAGCAGAAUCCAUGGCAGCUCACCACCUUCCUUGAAGAACUCCCCUUUUUGUACUUGUCAUUUUCCUUUUUAAUAUACACAUAUAUAACUUACACUGUAAUCAAUUAAAUGGAUGUCUGCUUAUCAUUGUAAACUUUCUGUGAAAUCAAGGUUUGUUUUUAGGUGACUCUCGCUAGCAGCAAGUAAUUUUCAAGUAUUCCAAUAAGAUUUGAAAUAAUGGAUGCAAUGAAAAAGCAUUAUUGGAAUUUGUUCCCUUCUGUUUUAAAGAAGGACUUUGGAAAUCGAAAAGACCUAAUUUGAAAGUAGUGGUGUUUCUGUUUGUUUUUGUGAACCACAAAAAGGAAAAUUAUUUUGAUAAUAUUUAAAGUACUUUAUAUUUGUAACAUUGGGUAACCAGUUUAUCAGUUUAAAUUAGUAUUUUGCACAUGAGUACUCAACAAAAAUGUAUUGCUUGAGAUGAAUUUUAAAUGCAAUAUAUAAACUUUAUUUUUUGUUUUUCAGAUGUCAGUUUUAAUGUAAAUAAAUAAUAGAUCCAACUUUA